AUGAAUGAUUAUCUGAUUAGAAUUUUCCAAAAAGCUAAUCUACUAGCCAUAAAAAAGCCUUCCGGUCUGAUCCCGGAUAGGAAUAUUAGACCAGAUAGAUACACACUAGCCCCAUGGUCUGAUGGUCGUUGUCUGAUGUGGCACGUGACGUUCCCACAUACUUUGGCAGAUAGGCAUAUCAGCAAUACUUUGUUGGGAGCUGGUACCGCCGCCAUAAGUGCAGAUGAUUUUAAAAAUUCCAAAUAUGUUGAUCCGCUGAAUGGCGGCCCAAGAUUGUUUGUCCCGGUUUGCGUUGGAGCGUUUGGUCCAAUUGGUAAGGUCACACAACAAUUUUUUGACAAUAUCAGUGCUAGAAUAAGCGAAGUGUCAGGCGAUCCAAACUAUAACAUAUAUAUAUAA